ACGAACUUUGAGCCUUGUACCUGGUAUGGACUUGUUGUCCGGGACGUAUAUAUUUGCGGUCCUGUUAGCAUGCGUCGUGUUUCAGUCUGGCGCCCAGGAGAAAAACUAUUCCAUUCGAGAAGAAAUGCCAGAAAACGUCCUGAUAGGCGACUUGUUGAAAGACCUCAACCUGUCCUUAAUUCGACACAAGUCCUUAAAAAUUCCCAUGAAGUUCAAGCUAGUGUACAAGACUGGGGAAGUGCCACUGAUCCGAAUCGAAGAAGGUACUGGUGAGAUCUUCACUACUGGAGCCCGCAUUGAUCGUGAGAAAUUAUGUACUGGUAUCUUGCUGGAUGGCCGUUGCUUUUAUGAAGUGGAAGUUGCCGUUUUGCCAGAUGAAAUAUUUAGACUGGUUAAGAUACGUUUUCUGAUAGAAGAUAUAAAUGAUAAUGCACCAUUAUUCCCAGCAACCGUUAUCAACAUAUCAAUUCCAGAGAACUCAGCUAUAAACUCUCGAUUUGCUCUCCCAGCGGCCAUUGAUCCUGACAUAGGAAUAAAUGGAGUGCAAAACUACCAACUCAUUAAGGGUCAAAAUGUUUUUGGGCUCGAUGUCAUUGAAACGCCAGAAGGAGACAAGAUGCCACAACUGAUUGUUCAGAAGGAGUUAGAUAGGGAAGAGAAGGAUACAUAUGUAAUGAAAGUAAAGGUUGAAGAUGGUGGCUUUCCUCAAAAAUCCAGUACUGCCAUUUUGCAAAUAAGUAUUGCUGAUAUAAAUGAUAACCAUCCAGUUUUUACGGAGAGUGAAAUUGAAGUCAGUAUACCAGAAAAUGCUCCUGUAGGUACUUCAGUGACACAGCUCCAUGCCACAGAUGCCGACAUAGGUGAAAAUGCCAAAAUUCACUUCUAUUUCAGCAAUCUAGUUUCCAACAUAGCCAAGAGGCUAUUUCACCUCAACUCCUCCACCGGACUUAUCACAAUCAAAGAACCACUGGAUAGGGAAGAAUCACCAAACCACAAGUUACUGGUUUUGGCAAGUGAUGGUGGGUUGAUGCCAGCAAGAGCAAUGGUGCUAGUAAAUGUUACAGAUAUCAAUGAUAAUGUCCCAUCAAUCGAUAUAAGAUACAUCAUCAAUCCAAUCAAUGGCACUGUGGUUCUUUCAGAAAAUGCUUCACUCAACACCAAAAUUGCUCUCAUAACUGUGACAGAUAAAGAUGCUGACCAUAAUGGUAGGGUGACAUGCUUUACAGAUCAUGAUGUCCCUUUCCGAUUAAGGCCAGUAUUUAGUAAUCAGUUCCUCCUGGAGACGGCUGCAUUUCUUGACUAUGAGUCCACCAAAGAAUAUGCCAUUAAAUUACUGGCCGCAGAUGCUGGCAAACCUCCAUUGAAUCAGUCAUCCAUGCUCCUUAUCAAAAUAAAAGAUGAAAAUGACAAUGCUCCCGUUUUUACCCAGUCUUUCAUAAGUACUUCUGUUCCUGAGAAUAACUCUCCUGGCUCCCAGUUGACAAAAAUAAGUGCGACGGAUGCAGACACUGGACGUAAUGCUGAAAUCACUUACCUGUUAGGCGAUGAUGCUCCAUCUGAAUUCAACCUGGAUCAGCGUACAGGCAUUCUGACUGCAAUGAAGAAACUGGAUAGAGAAAAACAGGAAAAGUAUUACUUUACAGUUCUGGCAAAAGAUAACGGGAUCCCACCCUUAAUAACUAAUGUCACAGUCUUAGUGACAGUUCUUGAUCAAAAUGACAACAGUCCAAUUUUCACACACAAUGAAUACAAUUUCUAUGUCCCAGAAAACCUUUCUAGACAUGGCACAGUAGGACUAAUCACUGUAACUGAUCCUGAUUAUGGAGAAAAUUCUGCAGUUACUCUCUCCAUUUUAGAUGUGAAUGAUGACUUCACUAUUGAUUCACAGACUGGUGUCAUUCGACCAAAUAUUUCAUUUGACAGAGAAAAACAAGAGUCUUAUACUUUCUAUGUACAGGCUGAGGAUGGUGGUAGGGUAUCACGUUCUUCAACUGCCAAAGUGACCAUAAAUGUGGUUGAUGUCAAUGACAACAAGCCAGUUUUUCUUGUCCCUUCUUCCAACUACUCCUAUGAAUUGGUUCUACCAUCCACUGAUCCGGGCACAGUGGUCUUCACAGUAGUUGCUAUUGACAAUGACACUGGCAUGAAUGCAGAGCUUCAGUACAGCAUUGUAGGAGGAAACACAAGAGGUCUGUUUAUAAUCAACCAAACAACAGGCAACAUUACAAUGAAGGAGAAAUGUGUUUUAGCAGACCUUGGUUUACACAGACUGGUAGUCCAAGCUAACGACUUAGGGCAACCUGAUUCUCUCUUCAGUGUUGUAAGAGUUAAUCUAUUUGUGAAUGAGUCAGUAACUAAUGCUACACUGAUUCAUGAAUUGGUGCACAGAAACACUGAAACAUCAGUAACCCAAAAUAUUGAGACAACUGAUGCAUCCUCCCCAACCACUGACUAUGUCAAGAUCAUGGUUGCCAUUGUUGCUGGCACCAUAACUGUCAUCCUUGUUAUUUUCAUCACUGCUGUCAUAAGAUGCUGCCAAUCACCACACCUUAAGGCUGCUCAGAAAAACAAGCAGAAUUCUGAAUGGGUUACUCCAAACCCAGAAAAUCGGCAGAUGAUAAUGAUGAAAAAAAAGAAGAAGAAGAAGAAGAAGAAGAAGCAUGCCCCUAAGAACUUGCUGCUUAACUUUGUCACUAUUGAGGAAACUAAGGCAGAUGAUGCUGACAAUGAUGGAAAGAGCAUCACACUAGACCUUCCCAUUGAGCUGGAAGAGCAAACCAUGUGCAAGUACAACUGGGGCACUACACCUACUACUUUCAAGCCUGACAGCCCUGAUUUGGCCAGGCACUACAAAUCUGCAUCCCCACAGCCUGCUUUCCAGAUCCAACCGGAAACUCCCCUGAAUUCAAAGCACCACAUCAUCCAGGAACUGCCUCUUGAUAAUACCUUUGUGGCCUGUGAUUCCAUCUCCAAAUGUUCCUCCAGCAGUUCUGAUCCCUACAGUGUUUCUGAGUACAGCUAUCCGGUGACAACUUUCAAGACCCCUGUGUCUGUACACACCAGAUUGGUAGGUAUUCACAGUUUCUAA